AUCCGGUGCCUCGUUGUUCCUGUCAACUCGUUGUUCUAAGAGGUCUUUGUUUGAUACUUCAAAGACAUUGCAUAUCAUCAGGGACAUCUUCGCGUAAGACAAAAAAGCUUGCCAUCUUGGCAAGGGUAAACUCUCCACAGUGGAAACAGUGCAGUUUUUAAGUGUUUAUUUAUGCGGAGAUUUAAAUACUUGUUAUAAUUUGCUCUCAAUAAAGAUGAUGUAUGGGAUUUGGUUGCGUGGCUAAUACACCUAAUCGGCCGACAUUAUGAAUUGCUGGCGAGAAUUAAACAGAUCAAUGCUUCUAUACAAGAAUUAGCGGGCACUUGAUCGCAGGGCUCUCGUGUUUCGCUUUUAUUUUCAAACGGAACUACCUAAUGGAAUCGAAAAUCGACCAAAGUAUAGAUGCUGAUUUUAAAUAGAGACUAAGUAAGGAACAAAUGGGAUAUUAUUGGUUCGAAUACAACCGACUUCACCUGUAACAAAUUUUAUUGUCAAUACUUUUAUAGACGCAAUCUACUAUAGAAGAUUGCUCACUCACGAUGUAGCUGUUGUUCAGGCUGAACGGGACUUUCUUUGUGUAGCACUGUGAAAACUAUGUCGAAUCUGCUUCGGGUGCAGAUUCAAGAAAGCGACCUCAGCAGGCGAGUCUUGUCGCCAUUGGUGGAGGAUCUAGAUGAGGAUGCAGAGAACCGACCGCCAAUUCUAGAAUAUCUUCCAGAUCUUGAAAAAGAUGAAAUUGUCGGUAAUGAAAAGCAGAGUGAAGAGAAUAACGAAGAUUCUCUUAAUAACAAUGAAAUUCAAGAGGACGGGUUCUUAGAUGCAGACGAUGACAACGUCAGUGAUGACGACGAGUAUUUCACGGAGGAUAGCAUUUCUAUACAUACCGAUCCCGAUGACUAUGACACGGAUUUGGAAAUAGACACUGAAUCUCUAUUGAACCCCAAAACAACUGACCAUGAUACAACAGGAAAGACAAAAUACAUAAAAAAGUGUUUCGACUUGGGAAUUAAUCCAGUGUCAUAUUUUGUGAAAAACUUGGAAAAUAAGGAACUUAAACUCAGAUUUCAUGGACUUGGUGCAGAGAGUGUGAAAGCCAUAUCGUUCCCUCUAGAGACGAACACGAAUAUUGAGAUAUUAAACCUAGAGGGCAAUGGAAUUGACAGCCUGGGGGCCCGCUGCUUGUGUCGUGUGCUCAGGGAGAACCUGUUUCUUACUGAAGUGGUGCUUAGCGAGAACAAAAUAGGAACAGAGGGAGCCAUUUCGAUUUGUCAGUUUUUGAAGAGCAAUCGGAAUCUUUUAAAAGUCGAUAUGACAGCGAACGAAAUUGGGGAUCCCGCGGGACAAAGUUUUUCCGAGGUUUUAAAGGGAAAUCAAACACUAAAAGAGCUGAUAUUAGCCAAUAACAGACUAGAGGAAACCAGUGCCCGAUUUCUGAGGGAGGGGAUACAAGAGAAUGACAGGCUGGAAAUGUUGGACCUCAGCUGGAACCACUUCAAAACUACUGGGGCCGUCGCCAUUGCUGAAGGACUGCAGGAAAACGUCGGUUUGAAAAAGUUUCGUUUUCAAAUGGCCGGUCUUGCCAAAGCUGGGUCGGAAGCCAUGAUGAAAGCCUUAAAACACAACAGGACUCUGAGGGAACUAGACAUCAGCUUCAACCGAAUCCCAGUGGAAGGGGCUGCCUUUUUAGCCAAUGGUCUGAAAGAAAACGAUGUUCUUCAGUAUCUGAAGCUUGGAAAUAAUCCUUUUGAAAGUGAAGGAGCUAUGGUCAUUCUAGAAGCUGUUGAGGCAAAUGAAAACAGUGCAAUAAAGUACUUGGAUUUCAGUAACAUGCUUGUAAAAACGGAGUUUGCUACGAUUGAAGAAAGACUGAAAGAACAAAGAAAAUUAAGAAUCAAACAUGAGGGUAUUUUGCCAGAAAUGCAUCCAAAGAAUGGAACCUAUGCCCGACUUAGUGCCUUCAGAAGAGACCCAAUAGAAACAUUUAAGAAAUACGCCGAAUUCUCAGGAGUCAACCUCCAUGACGUUUUCAAUGGCGGACAUCGUCUUCGACUUGAUGCAAACGAAUUCAAAGAUCUUAUAAGGGGUUCUGGAAUCGAUAUACCUGACCAACAGCUGACCGUUUUAAUUCGGACCCUGGACGUGGAUGGAUUUAUUAAUUAUAAUCGCAUACUGGAUGAAAACGAAUCUGAAUCUCCCAUCAGUCCGGAAUCAAGAUCCGCAUCCGUUGUGAGUUUUAGUUCCGAUAAAUCUGAGAAAAGCGUGUCCUCCGCGAGGCGAAGGACGUCUAGCACAGAUACUGUAUCGACAGACGGAGGGAACAAACCCAAGUCCGCCAAAAACAAGGCCAAGAAAAAGGAGAAGAAAAAGAAAUGAUCUUUCUUUGUGACACAUGAAUGCAAGUUUGUGUCGUUUGUGAAGUUAAGGAUUCCACAGUGGUUGAAACACUUUAAAUAUUCAAGAAGUUGUAUGCGACAGCGCUACAGUUGAGUCUACAAGGCUAGGAACACGCUAGCAUAACUAUGCGUUUGACGCAUCCAUUUCUCCUAAUGUAAUAUAGUACGUUUAAAAUCAUCGUUCUGAUUUACAUGUUUACGGUGCUGAAUGCAUUUCAUUCACGUUGGUUGAUUUUCAAUUUUUUUUUAAACCCAGGAGACCCUUUUGGUCGAAAUAGUGCUUUGCAUUUGAUGGUGACAAGUAUCAUCUAUAUAAAGUGGCAUUGAUAUGUAUUUUAUUUUAAACUUUUAAAUGUUAAAUAUUCGAAAUAUUUAAUUAAAACGUGCAUGCAAAUUGAAUUUAACCAGUAAUUUAGUACUUCAAAUAAAUAAUUAUUGACAUUUAAUAGCCAUCAUUUACAGGUUUGUUGCAAGUUUAAUAAAAUCUCGAACUUAA